UUGUUUACGUUUUUCACGCCUGCCAAAAGCCGCAGAAAACUGACUACAUACAAUAGUUCUGUCCAAAGUACGAUUAUUGCUCUAAAUUUAUGUUCAAUCUGCAAUUUUGAUCAAAGAAAUCGUUAAGUGAGGAAGUUAGGAAAUCACUUUAUAAAUAGUUUAAAAUAAACUAUGUCAUAUCGAGGAAAUAGAAGAGGUGGUGGAGGAGGAGGCCGACGAAAUGACCAAAAAUUCCACAGAGACGUGAAGAGUGACCCUGGUGAGGAAGUUGACGAGUCCUCUGAGGUCGUCCAGACUUUCCGACAGUUCGCAAAGGAACUCGAUGCAAAGCACGACAAAUACGAAAGGCUUGUAAAAUUGAGCAGGGACGUCACCAUUGAGAGCAAAAGGAUCAUUUUCUUGAUCCACACAAUUGGCAGUGAGGACAAAAAGGAACAAAUUUUGAGUCAAGCGAAAAGUCGCCUCAAACAAGUCGAGGUGAAUUUGCUGCAACCCAUUGCAAAAGAGCUUGCUGGAGAAGACAUUUACCAGUUCAUCAGAGCUUUCAGUCCAGGAAUUCAAGAGUAUGUCGAGGCGAAGACAUUUUGCUGCUACAUGGAAUCAAAGUCCAUUCCAAGUUGGACUGACAUCCAACAGGAUUUGACCUACUCGAGUGAGCCCAGCUCAGAGGAAACCCCUGCAGUGGUCGAGACAUUGCAGACCCCGAUGUUGCCGACGGACUUCAUGCUCGGACUGGGCGAUCUGACAGGCGAGUUGAUGCGGAGGUGCAUCAACUGCGUCGGGAUGGGACAACUCGACUCCUGCCAGCAGCUCUGCAUUUUCCUCAGACUGGUCUACAAGCAUUUCCUUGGGACCAACUGCAUUGGGUACAAAGAGAUGGGCAGGAAAAGCUACACUCUCAGGCAGAGUCUGCUGAAGACGGAGAACGCCUGCUACACCAUCCACGUGCGAGGCUCGGAGGUGCCAAAACACCUGCUGGCCCAGGCCAUCAGCAUGCCGGCAGACAACCCUGACGAUGAUGAGGGUUUCUAUUAAAAAUUCCACGUAAAAAUUUUGAAAAUUUUCAUAUUGCAAAUGAAUUUAGUUUUAAAUAAAACAAUUUGUGAGCAGUGAAAUUAUUUUGAUUAACAUU